AUGGUGACUAGUACAUCUGACCAUAAGCCUUUGCUAAUUCAUUUAAACAAAGACAAGUUCUUGGAAGGGGAUAUUCAAAAAGCUUUCAAAUAUGAAGCUAAUUGGGCUUUGGCGGAGGAGUUUGAAAUGAUUUUAAAGAAAGCUUGGAAGCAUGAAGUGCCGGGAAGGAAUCAGUCUAGCAGAAUGGUGGAGUUUUUAAAUAGAAGCAAAGAACUUUUACAGAAAUGGAGUAAGCAGCUGAGGAAGGUUGGAAGAAAGGAGAUAGAAGAGAAAAAAAAGUAUUUGCACAGAUUGCAAGCUAAAGAAAACAGAUAUAAUGUUCCUGAAGUCAAGAAAGUAAAAGAAGAGUUGAGUUUGAUGUUGGAAAAAGAGGACCUGAAAUUGAGACAGAGAGCUAAAACUAAUUGGUACAAGCUUGGAGAUAGAAAUACAAAGUAUUUCCGUACUUGUGCUAAUCAAAGGCAAAAAAGAAAUCAAAUCACAGAAGUGGAAAAUGAAAGCAAUAUAAGGGUCAGGGGUUUUAAAGAAAUUGAGAAAACAUUCAGAGCUUAUUUUGCAAAAAUGUUUUAG